CUCAGUCGGUCUCCAGGCACCGGGAGGCGGCUCCCCCCCACCAUCCCCCGGGCCGGCCUCCACUGCAGCCUGUCCGGCCCCCACCCGGGCCCCCACCCCUGGCGCGCGCUCCUCCGCACCCACGAGGGCGUUCAGCAGCCACGCCUCCCCUUCCCGCCACCGCCUCCUUCUCCGCUGGCUGUGGCGGGCGAGGACACGUCAGGGGCCAUAAAUAAAUAAAUAAUUCCAUUCACCCGUUGACAGCGAGGCGAAUCGGCUGCGGUUUGCUGGGAACGGAGGGCUGCAGCGCCCACCCUGCGCCAGAGACCAGAUAAAGAGUCAAUCUUAAGAUGUGAUACUUUCCUGUGAAACCUGAAACAAGGCGAUCUGGGGAACCAAAGACUCUAGGACUCUUGGUGCCAACAGAGUUACUCUGUUACUUGAAUUUUCAUUAGAGGAGCAGAAAUGCCACCAAUGCCAAGUGCCCCACCUGUGCAUCCACCUCCAGAUGGAGGAUGGGGCUGGAUUGUGGUUGGAGCAGCUUUUAUCUCCAUUGGAUUUUCCUAUGCAUUCCCCAAAGCCGUCACCGUAUUCUUCAAAGAAAUUCAGCAAAUAUUCCACACUACCUACAGUGAAAUAGCAUGGAUUUCAUCCAUUAUGCUGGCUGUUAUGUAUGCAGGAGGUCCUGUAAGUAGUGUUUUGGUGAAUAAAUAUGGCAGCCGGCCAGUGGUGAUAGCAGGAGGCUUAUUAUGCUGUCUUGGAAUGGUGUUGGCCUCCUUUAGUAGCAGCGUGGUACAGCUGUACCUCACUAUGGGAUUCAUUACAGGUUUAGGUUUAGCCUUCAACCUGCAACCCGCCUUAACCAUAAUUGGCAAAUACUUCUAUAGGAAGCGACCCAUGGCAAAUGGAUUGGCCAUGGCAGGAAGUCCUGUUUUCUUAAGUUCAUUGGCUCCUUUCAAUCAGUACCUUUUUAAUACUUUUGGCUGGAAAGGAAGCUUCCUGAUUUUGGGAAGUCUACUUUUGAAUGCCUGUGUGGCUGGUUCCCUCAUGAGACCCCUUGGACCCAAUCAAACCACUUCUAAGUCUAAAAAUAAGACUGGCAAAACAGAAGAUGAUUCAAGCCCAAAGAAAAUCAAAACGAAGAAAUCAACUUGGGAAAAAGUUAAUAAGUAUUUAGAUUUCUCCCUUUUUAAGCAUAGAGGAUUUCUGAUAUAUUUGUCUGGAAAUGUCAUUAUGUUCCUAGGUUUUUUUGCCCCCAUUAUAUUCUUGGCUCCAUAUGCUAAAGACCAGGGAAUUGAUGAGUACUCGGCAGCUUUUCUGCUAUCUAUUAUGGCUUUCGUUGAUAUGUUUGCUAGGCCUUCUGUAGGAUUAAUUGCAAACUCCAAAUAUAUUCGACCUCGAAUUCAGUACUUCUUCAGUUUUGCAAUCAUGUUCAAUGGAGUGUGUCAUCUCUUGUGCCCACUGGCACAGGACUACACAAGCCUGGUAUUAUAUGCUGUAUUUUUUGGCCUUGGAUUUGGGAGUGUUAGCAGUGUUCUCUUUGAAACUCUCAUGGACCUCGUGGGUGCACCAAGAUUUUCCAGUGCCGUCGGACUUGUCACAAUUGUGGAGUGUGGCCCAGUUCUUCUUGGCCCUCCUCUUGCUGGUAAAUUGGUGGAUGUAACUGGAGAAUAUAAAUACAUGUACAUGUCCUGUGGGGCUAUUGUGGUAGCAGCAAGCGUGUGGCUGCUCAUUGGCAAUGCUAUCAACUAUAGAUUGCUUGCAAAGGAAAGGAAGGAGGAAAAUGCAAGGCAGAAGACCAGAGAAUCUGAACCCUUGAGCAAAUCUAAACAUUCGGAAGAUGUUAAUGUCAAAGUUUCAAACGCACAGAGUGUAACCUCAGAAAGAGAAACUAAUAUCUAACAAGAAUCACAUCUCUGAUUUCAGUGUUUAUGACUUUCCCUAGGAGUUUGUUUUUCAUUUUGUUUUUUUAAAGUGUUAGAAAAGGUUUUCGCUGAAAUGAGGAGUCACAAUUAAGGAUGGAGAUGAUAUUUUCCUCAAUGGCAAAUUCUAAAUUAGUUUUUGGGUAGUUAAAUUUUGAGAUUAUGCAUAAAAAGAAUCCAUGCUAUAGGUUUAUUUCCAUACCUGACUCUGGGUGUGGUGGUUACAAUACUAAUUUUAAAGUCUUCCAGUGACUUUCAGUCUCGGUUAUAUGGAGAAUUCUGAAUCCCAAACUCCUGGUUUAAGUAGGUAGAAGGAAGAUGCCUAAUCCUACAAAGUGACCCUUUAUACAUUUCAUUUUUUAUUUGAUAUUAAAGUAUGAGAUAGAGUUGAGAGACAAUUAAUUAUCUCCUCUUUCUUACACACAAACAUACAUACUCCCACAUGCUUACCCACAUGUACACAGAGUAUCUGGAGAAUAAAACCCAAAUUCAAAAAAAAUCAUGAUAAUUUAUUUUUAAGGUAAAAAUAAUCCAUGAAGAUAAAAGAAACAUAUGUCUGCGUGCUACUUUACAAUGUUGGUUUUAAAGAUAAGCACAUGGGUAAAAAUGAGGGUGAUCCUUAUUCAAAAAUACAUCUGACUACUAUAAAAAUAUUUGCAUAUAUAAGUUUGACAAAGAAAAGAAAAUCAAUGUUAAACCAUUAAAUCUGAGCACUGUUAGACUUGACUAAUCCAUGCACAUGAUUUUUUUUGAGUAGGGGGCAUUAGUACCUGGUGCUAGAGAAUAGAACCCUCAAAUAAUUUUUAGAAUUCUUACCUAAUAUGUAAAAGUCUGCAUGACUCUUAACAAUGAGCCACAUCCAUUGAUUUCACAAGGAUUUUAGUUCUUAAUCCAGAAAGUAAUAAUCAGGGAUUUUAUUUUAAUCAGGCAUCAAUCCAGAUUCACUGUUAUGCUGAAAUAUCAAAGUCCUAGUUGGCAGGAUUGUAAGUAGACCGAAUUCUAAUUUUUCCCAACACAUAGUGGUAAUUGGAGGUUACUGUUAUGAAUACUCCAUCUGAAUACAACUAAGAGAGUGACAGGUGGUUUUAAUGAACCCUUUAAGCUCUCUCAGCUCCCUCCCUUCCACAAAAUGCAAGAGCAAAAGCAAACCACAAACAGGCCUUGUGCUCAACCACUGGAAAUGCCUCCUAGGAUAAGAAUGGCAGCACUUGAAAAUUCUGCCCUCUACUGAUGAGACUUCCUGCUGCCUUUGCACAUAACUAAGCCAGGAAACUUAAAAAGCCUAGAAAUAGAGGCACUGUGUGACUUGCAAUUGCAGGUAUAGUUUAUAACCUGAUAGCAAAAAACUUUUGAAAUAUUGCAGCCCAGGUUAAUUCAGCACUUUCCCAUUUUCAUAACUAUGUGAAAACAUCUGGGAAUUUGAAUCACUCCUGAAUACAGAGGCAUAUUCUUUUUAAACUAUAAAUACCAUUUUGAGUGGGAAAGUACUUUUAAACAAGAAAGAAAUUGUACAUUAUGACUGAAGUUAUAAAUAUAAUAUUUACAUCUAUAAAUCUGAAGUUUGACAUUAUGAUUAAUUGAAAAAAUAUUUAGUGCUUGACUAUUAAAGUAGUGUCACUGUUAAGAUGUCAAAGGGAAUUAGCCAUUUUUUUUAUUGUAAUAAAGGCAGGUGCUAUUUUUUCUGGUGAGAUUGCACCUGGAUACCAGGCUUUUGUAAUAGUUAACAUUAAAUAUUUGAUUCAUAAAGUUAAUUCACUGCUUAAGCAUGUGGCUCAUAUUUAGGAAGCUAUAUAAAAUUCAGUUUUUCAUUUAACAUUUGCUCUUUUGCAUAUGAAGAGAUAUUUGUAUUUUUCAAAAUGUUAAGUAAAGAUGUGCCAAUAUCAUAGGUAAAUAAAUUAGGAAAAAUGUGGGACUUUACGGCUGUUUUUAAUUUAGUUUCACUCGAUCUUGAUUCUUGAAUUAGCUAUGUUUAUAUUUUUAGUUCUUUUUUAUUCAACUCGGAUUUGUCAAGAAAUCUAACCUCUAAAUUGUGUAGUACCUCUCCAAUCAUAAAUUUCCAAAAAAAAAUUCUACUUUCCAAAAAGUGUCUUGAAUUCUCUGAAAAGGCAUAUUAAACUAAUAUGAAUAUCAGAUACCGGGGGAAAUAAAUGGCAAAGUAAUAAUCAUGAGGUUUUAGGUCAAAGACUAUAUUAUAUAUAUUUUUUAUUACCUUCUAGUAGAGACAUCCUCCUGGGUGCAUUUCAGUGGCCUUCUCCAGGGAGGAGGUUUAUUUACUUACUGAUGAGUUUCUCGUCACGUCAAAACCCAUUCGCAUUUGUCUGGCUGCUCUUUGGUUGUCUUCAUUCGUUAUUUAUUUCUAACACUGAUUGUAUUAAAUUGUUAGAAAAGAAAGUAAAACUUGCACAUUCAAAGCACAUGAUUUGUACAGUCACACCUGGCAGUAGCAGUGCACAGAGUUACAAAUAUGCACACGUUAACUGCUAUGCAUCAAUAUUGGCAGUUAAACCAGAACACACUUGAAACAGUGACAUAAAUACCUACAGGAUUCAGAAUUGUUCCAGGGUAAUAUAAAUUAUUCUACUUGUUCACUCUCCCCACCCUCUUGAACUUGUUAGAAGAUUUGCUGCUUUAGCAGAAUCUUUCCAAGAUUGAGAAAAUUGUAUCAACCUAGGAUUUUCAUUAUUAUAUAGUCACAUAAAUGGAGGAGGAGAUAUAUUUGGCUUCUGCCUCUACAACAAUUAGUAUGAACAUAUUUCUUUCUCUAGGGAAUAAUAGGUUUUAAACAUUUGAGAUAUCAUGAAGCAAAGUCAGUGUAUACCACUACAAUCACCACUAAUCUCUACUCCCCCAUUAUGAAAUUGUACAGAAGAAAGGGUGUCAUUAAAUCAAGGUAUCCAAAUAA